UUCACUGAGCGCGAAGUCAGUGUACUGUAACCAGUUUUGUCUUCAUACUGUAUACCGCCUUAGAAGUCCGUCAGAUGGAUGAUGGAGCUGUGAUUCUUCCCAAUGUCUUCCUUUGAGCUGUUGGAUGCUCCACUGAGCAAAACGGCCCCUCUUACGGUGGUUCCAUUUUUGGCCCACCCGGAUUCAUGCGCUUUGUUUGCAACAAGCAGAGGAUGCCAACAAGCCUUGGCGCAGGAAGUGAAGAUGAUAUGGCGAUGGGAAUUACAAUACAGCACGCAUUAGAGCAUUAGAUCUGAUCCCGAACGUGCUGAAGACCAUUUGCGGAAGUCUCAGCCUGGCGGACAACAUGUUGUGUCCUCAAAAUAGCAACGCUGCGAAGGGGCUGCUGCAGGUAGGUAGAAAGCAAAAACAUGGCCUCUUCACGUAUGCCAGGGUGCCGUGAAGGCUCUUCUGGACCUGAUGCUCGCACCUGCUCACGCAGCCUUCUUGCUGCGCAGUCUUGUUCUUUGGUUGACGGAGCAAAGAGCGCCCGAUCGCACGCAAGCCGGUACAAGUCUCCAACAGCACACCGUACUGUUUGCAUAGUACACAGCUGGGCAGCGCUGGCGUGGACCCGAAUGCCUGGCCGCACCUUCCUACAAAAGGUUCGGCUGGCGCAACUGCUGAAACUUACCAGCUGCGUACACUGCCCGCGGUUUGCUCAGGAUGCCCUGUGGAUAGAAAUGGUUGUGGAGCAUUUCAACAUUGCCUUGAACAUUUACGAUGCUUCAUUGGUCGCUCCUGUGCCCAACAACCCAGAGGCCACCCAAAACUUAUUCGUCAAAUCUGUUGACCGACCAAUGCUUUUAGACCUUGUCAAAGGCCUUCCCAAAGGCAUUGCUCGUCAGGUUUACCUCCGCAUGGCGAACGCCACGUCCAAACCUUUUCGCUUGCGGCCUCGAGCCCGCCUGAGCCUUGAAAUCCAUGAGCUAAGUGAUUGGAACAGGCUUCAGCAGCGGCUGAUUGCCUUGCGACAGGCAGAGUGCGUUGCUGGGGCCUUCGCCAGCAAUGCUUCGGCAGGGAGGCUGCGAGAAGCUGCUCGUGGUGUUGCCUUGGAACUUUUGGUGCUGGAGGCUUUGGUUGCUGGCGAAGGCAAGGUCGCACAGCCCAAGUUGCCACAAGACAUGGCCUGGGAUGCCGACACGGAGGCAUCUUAUGUUCAGAUCCUGGAGCGCCGCUCCAGCCAACGUCGGAUGUGGUUUCGAAAGCAGCGGGAAUUCCUCUUACAGGACCUGUACCCUGGUCAGUGAACUGCCGCUGACAAGCGCGCGCUCCGGCUGUAGAACCGGGCAGCGAUUUUGCUUCGAACCCUGAAGGGAUUCGGCUGGAACAAAUUGUUUUUGCUCCGGGCCUCGGCGCGCUUGAAGUCGCUAAUGCGCCCUUCUUGCGCGGUUGUGAGCGGAUUGACGGUG